AUGAAGAAUCUACAAUUACUCAUGUACUACUCAUCUAACACUGUAAAAUUGGCCCUGAAAUCUCGCAAUAAGCUUCGUGGAUCUAGAUAUAAAAUGUCUGGUGAUCAAACCAAAAUGGAACAAGAGGCUUAUAAAGCAGCGAAAAAGUCGUUAUUGGAGAGAGAAAAUGCGGGUGAGGAGAAUUUCUCUAUCCAGUUCCGUCACGUGUACUAUCAGAAUGUUGGUGGCCUGCGUACAAGACUUUCUGAUUUGUUAAUAAAUGUGUCGUGCUGUCCAUACGACAUAAUCAUACUAGUUGAGAGUAAUUUGAAUGAUAACUUCAGGGACAGUGAAUUAAGAUGUGAUGGUUUUGAUGUUUUUCGUUGUGACAGAAGUCUGAAAUCUAGUGACAAAUUGAAUGGAGGUGGUGUCCUGAUAUUUGUUAGGAGCAAGCUGCAAUCUCAUUAUAUCUCUAUCAAUGAAGACCAUAUUGAACAACUUCUUAUUUUGUCUCAGUUUGGUAAGUCCAAGUUUAUUAUUGGGGGUACUUAUAUUCCUCCUCAUUCUCCCCGGGAAGCAUACAUGGAAGAAAUUGUUCUUCAGUAUCCAUCACUUAAUAUUUACAUGUUUGGCGAUUACAACUUACCAAAUGCAGUAUGGUCCAAUGAUGAGUUUGGUGUCCUAGUUCAUUGUCCAGGAGCUGAUCCAGCUGUUGAUGUGGCACAAGCUUAUGGUUACCUAAAAUUUUACCAACUAAACUCUUUACCUAAUGACAGAAAUGUAUUUUUAGACCUGGUUUUCUCUAACUAUAGGGACUUGGUUAUCACAAGGGCGGGUGAUCCUCUCUUGAACUCUAGUUUACAUCAUUUUGGCUAUGAAGCUAGUUUGAUGGCCUUAAACACAUCCUCCUCUUCAUGUCUAUCCUAUCAUGAAUUCUACUAUGAUUUCAUGAACGGCAACUACUUUGAGUUUAAUAACUUCUUGGCUGCUAUAGAUUGGCAGGAAUGCUUAGGUUAUAGCGAUAUAAAUGUAUCAACUCAAGUCUUCAAUGAAAUUCUUGCUACAGGUAUCGCUUUUUUUGUAUCUUUGAAACGCUAUAGAUCUUCUUCUUUUCCUAAGUGGUUUUCUCAUGAUCUUAGAUGUUUGACGAGAGAAAAGAAGUAUGCCCACUCUCUGUACAUGAAGAAUCGGUCUGAUGUUAAUUAUUCCAAUUUCUCUCGUCUCCGAUCAGAAUGUAAACGGUUGUCUGAUGCAUACUUUUCCCUGUAUAUUAGAGGUUUAGAUGCUGAAUUGCAGAAUAACCCUUAUUCGUUUUGGAAAUAUAUUAGGGAUAAACUGUCUAGUCACAACCUUCCUGAUUUGAAGUUUUAUAAUGAACGGUCAGCUUCUAAUGGACAAGGUAUUGCUAAUUUAUUCAAAGAUUUCUUUCAGACUGUUUACUUACCCAGUAAUAACGAUCUCAAGUUACCCAGUGCACAUUUAGAUAGCAACAUCGGUGCUUGCUUCAAUAUCACUGACUUUACUGUCACUGGUAUUUUUGAUGCAACCUUGGCUUAA